AUGGUUGAGCUCCGGAAGCGCAAAGCUGCUGCCGAGCCCGCACCGCCCCCUACCGCCAAAAAGAACUCCAACCCUAUCAAAAAGGCUGUCGACAAAGCCAAAGAGGCAGUUCUUGAUGCGCCAGCCAAAGCGACAAACGGAAUUGAGAAACUGGCAGUUGGCGACACCAUUCCUCUUGAUGGAUUUGGCGGCGAGGUCGAGACUCAUACCGGCGAGAAGACCAAUCUGAAGAAACUUCUCGAGGACAGCAAGGCAGGCCUUGUUUUGUUUACGUAUCCUAAAGCUUCAACACCUGGUUGCACAACGCAAGCUUGUCUCUUCCGUGACAACUAUUCUACUUUGACUGAGUCGGGCCUCUCAGUCUACGGCCUAAGCACUGACUCACCAAAAUCGAACACCACAUUUGCAACUAAACAAUCGCUUCCUUAUCCGCUGCUAUGCGAUCCUUCCGCUAAGCUCAUUUCUGCUAUCGGUUUGAAGAAGUCGCCCAAAGGCACGAGCCGUGGCGUAAUCGUCAUCGACAAGACCGGCAAAAUUACCGCCUGGGAACAAGGUGGUCCACAGCGAACUGUCGACGUUGUGAUGGCCGUCUUGCCGAAGGGAGACCAGACGACUUUCGCUGCAGAGGCAGCUCCCCAACAAAUGGCGGAGAAUGGAGUGGCAUCGGCAGAUGCAGAAAAGGCCUCCCUGAACGGACAAGCGGCUGCAGUGUCCACAAGUGAGGCAGCUAAGAUUGAACAGGCGCCGAAGCAGCAGUUGCAUGAACAAGGCACUUCAGAGCAAGUUCAGACGGCCAACACAGCGGCCGAGGUGGCAGACUCGGCGGAAAAGAUCGAUCAGCAUGUGCAGCUGGGACCAUCAGCAUAG